GAGCCUAUCUAUAAUCUGCCAGAACUGGUUUCAACUAUUGCUCAAACUAGGGUCUCAAUCAAUCGCAUAGAAAAGUUUGUUGGGAAGGAAGAUAAGAGGGAGUACGAACCUUGUGUUCAUUCCUCAUCUGAAGCCAUUGCAGUGAAAAUUGAGCCAGGGGAACAUGCCUGGAGUAGCACAAAUGAUGAAGACGAAUUAGCGAGGCCUAAAUUGAAAAUCACUGGCAGAUUUGAGGUACUGAGAGGGCAAAAAGUUGCUGUUUGUGGGACGGUUGGAUCAGGGAAAUCAAGUCUUCUUUGUAGCAUACUUGGGGAGAUUCCAUUGAUUUCUGGUAUUGCAACUAAAGUUUAUGGAACAAAGGCUUAUGUUGCACAGAGCCCUUGGAUUCAAACAGGUACUGUAAAAGAGAAUAUAUUGUUUGGCAAGGAGAUGAAUCAAGGGUUUUACCACGACGUUUUGGAAAGAUGUGCUUUGAAACGAGAUAUCGAGAUGUGGGUUGAUGGAGAUAUGAGUGUGGUAGGCGAAAGGGGGAUGAACUUAAGUGGAGGACAAAAGCAGAGAAUUCAACUAGCCAGGGCCGUUUAUAGUGAUUCAGAUGUAUAUAUAUUAGAUGAUCCUUUCAGUGCUGUUGAUGCACACACCGGAGCACAUCUCUUCAAGAAAUGUCUGGUGGAAUUCAUGGCUUGUAAGACUGUUAUUUACACUACUCAUCAAUUAGAGUUUUUAACUGCGGCAGACAUUGUUUUGGUGAUGAAGGAUGGAAUAAUUGUUCAAUCUGGAAAAUAUGAAGAUUUGGUUGCUGAUCCCAACGGUGAACUUGUUAGACAGACGAUGGCUCGUACAAAAUCCUUAAACCAAGUGAAUACAACCCAAGAAGAUGAUUUAGCUGGUGGAGUUCCACGUUUCCAAAAUCAAACUGAAAACUGGAAAGGAAAGUCUGAAGAUGCGAAUGGCAAUGGCAAGUACUCCCAUGAUCGAAAAGAGGAAACAGAAUCAGGUCGAGUAAAAUGGAAGGUAUACUCAACCUUUGUUACUUGUGCUUAUAAAGGAGCACUUAUUCCUUUUCUUCUUCUCUGUCAAGUCCUCUUUCAAGGACUGCAAAUGGGUAGCAACUACUGGAUUGCUUGGGCAACUGGAAACAAAAUCCAGGGCCACCAAAGAGCAACUAAUACGAAUGUUCGUUUUUUUGUCUGCUGGGAGCUCGUUUUUCAUAUUGGGACGAGCACUUUUGCUAGCAACCAUUGCAAUAAAAACUGCCCAAAAGCUUUUCCUUGGCAUGAUUAAAAUCAGUUUUUAGAGCACCAAUUUUCAUUCUUCGAUACUACUCCAUCAAGCCGAAUCCUCAGCAGGUCAAGCAGUGAUCAGAGCACAAGUAGAUACAGAUAUUCCAUACAGAUUUACAGACUGAUUUUCGCAUUAAUCAGCUAAUAAGUGUCAUGUUGCUCAUGUCAUAUGUUGCCUGGCAGUUUUUCCACUCUUUAUCGCC